GAGGGGGCGUCGUCUUAAACCUUCUCCCCAAUUCAACAUCUCUCUCGAGAAUGACUCCUUGGAGGACCAUGAUGCGAUAUUGAAGACAACACGAACAAUACAUCUUUGAAGAUACCGAAGAUCAGGAGAUCUAAGCCAUCCGUUGUUACGUUUGUCUCCACUAGAAUCUGAGAACCAACAUCCAAUGACAUUUGGCGCUGAAAGGGAUCGACCUAACACGACCCUGCUUGAUUCUGAAUACGAAACGAGUUGCCGCGGAAACUUUUAUGCGAUGAUAAAUAUGGAAUGACAGCUCACUAAUCCUAUUCAGCUUACGAUGUGAUCUUUUGACUUAGAUUUUAUAUACUGUUCUAUUUGUUUUCUUUUUCUUACUCCCAGCUUUACCUACAUUCGCUUGAAAUGGCAAAGUUCGGACUUCGGUACUGGCUACCAACUCUUUUAGCGAUCGUUGGGUUGGUUGCCUCAUCAAAUGCGCCGAGAGGGGCCUGGCCGAACGGGGCUUUCGUCACCUCCGGCCGGUGGAUUCAAGAUGCCUCCGGCUCAACCGUUACGUAUGUCGGCGUAAACUGGCCGGGGUCGCUUGAUGUUAUGAUCCCGGAAGGCCUACAAUACCAGUCAAUUGAAUCAAUCGUUUCUCGAAUUAAAAGCCUAGGCAUGAACGCAGUCCGGCUCACAUAUGCGACCGAAAUGAUAGAUCAAUACUACGACAAUGGACAGACCGAUAUCCCGAUCCAGAAAGCCCUUAGCGAUGCCUUGGGUCAAGAUGGCGGAUCAUCAGUGUAUAAUAAAAUUAUUACCAAAAACCCAUCGUUCAAUUCGAAUACGACGAGAUUACAGGUGUUUAAUGCUGUCGCUGCCGAAUGCGCGAAGCAGGAAAUAUACGUUCAUUUAGAUAACCACAUCUCACAAUCGGGUUGGUGUUGCAGCCCUCUUGACGGGAACGCCUGGUGGGGAGAUAAAUUCUUCGAUGUUGGAAAUUGGACCCGGGGCUUGUCUUUCAUGGCAACACAUGGCAAAUCAUGGACAAAUUUCAUGUCAAUGUCGCUGCGAAAUGAGCUUCGGUCGCCGUUGAGCAAUUUCACAUUCGCUGCCGAAACUUACAAUUGGGAAGACUGGUAUAAGUAUAUCAGACAGGGUGCAGACGCCAUUCACAAUGCGAACGCAGAUGUCUUGAUAUUCCUCUCUGGCAUCAGCUCCGACCAGGAUAUCAGCGCGGUAGUAAAUGGGACUGCUCUCACACCCGGAUCCGCCACGUUUAAUCGAGACGAUUUCUCUGGUUAUGGGAAUAAGUUGGUCCUCGAAUUGCACGCAUACGACAACAUUCUUGGACCCGGCCCCAGCGAUUGUAACGCAGUGAAGGAUAAGUUGUCUAACGCGGGGUUCAAGGCAUUGACGGACGAUGCCCAGAACAAAUUUCCAGUACUCUUGACCGAAUUUGGCUUGGUACAGAAUGGAUCGGCGGCGCAAGAUCCGUACGUCUCCUGCUUGCUGGAUUACGCAUCUUCUGAGAAUGCCGGUUGGAUGAUUUGGCAAUUAGGUGGAAGCUAUUAUAUCCGUGAGGGAACUCAGGAUUACGAUGAAACUUGGGGCUUAUUGAACCAUGAUUGGUCGGAUUUAAGAGCCACGGAUUUCGUCAGCAACUCCUUAACUCCGUCGGCGAAGGCAACAUUUGAUAUUAAGGAUACACAAGACGACAAAUCAGAGGCCAGUAGUAUGAAGCCUAUACUUGGUUCAGGUCUGUUCGGGUCAUCGCUACCAGCUUAUGUCGCAACAUCUGUUCUGUGUGGAGUGAUUAUGUUCUACUAAAGUGGUCUUUGAUUUAGAAAUAUAGAGCUACAAUGUACCAGUUAUUGAAAGAGAUGAUGAAAGGAAUUGUUCGAGAAUCUGAAAUCCAAACCGCAAGUUCAGUAUUAAUUCAUAACUCUUGGUGGUAUUUCC